AGUUACCUAACCUAAUAGUUUUUUUAAUUUCUUUUUGUUGCUUUAUAAAUUAAAAGACAGUUAUCUUUUUGUUAUUGAAACUUAUUACUGUUAUUCCAACUUAUUGUAAGGACUAUUUUUUAGGUUUUAAAGUUUUUUUAGUUUAAACCUUAAUGUAAUUUUUACACUAUGAUUUAGUUUUACACCAUGAUUUGGGCAAGAGCAGUUUGGAUAGAGAAUUAUGAGGAAAUAGAAGAUGUUGUGCCUAGAAAGUGGAUAGAUACAGAAAAAAAAUUGUUAUUCUGGCCUGCAGGUGUAUCUUAUCGAAGAGCUGUUAAAGAAGAAAUGGAUGUGGAUGAAACAUGGAACAAAUAUAAACUUAUUAAAAUUAAAUUUGAAAGUGAUAAUAUGGAGGAGCUGAAAGAAUAUUGUUACACCACUGCAGCAGAGGAGGAAGAUGUAGUAGAUAUUUGUGUUUCCAAAAGUGCCUUUAAAUUGAAAAAGUUACCUGGUUUUCCUUUGCCUCUACCAGUUUUUAAAUCUGUGGAGAAAAAUCCAUUAAAGAGAUCCUUUGACUUUAGUUUAUCUCCUGGUUCUACUUCUUUCAAACAAUCAAAUCUGUGUUCUUUGUCAGACACUUUUUUACCUCAACAUUCAAUUACAGAGGAACAAUCAACAUCUUAUUCUGCUUUGCCUAAGUUUUUUACCUACACAACUGGAAUGGAACAAUCAAAUUUUUGUUUGGGUACAUUGUCCUAAACCUAACCCUGGACCUAACCCUGUCGAUAUCUGAUAGUUUUUAUCUAAAAUUUCUACUUUUGAAAAUUGUAUUAGUUUUUUGUAUUUUGAUAACAAAUUUGUUUUCCUUCAAAAUCAGCUUGUAGACAUUAAUUGUGCU